AUGGUGCGCAAGACCCACGUCAAAGCCAACGCCCGCAAAGUCGAGACGGGAGGGGAGCACGGCACGCCCACCAAUGCCGAAAAAGCGAUCCCCUGGACGCCGGAUGAGGUUGCGAACCUCUUCCUUCUCGCCUACUCCAAGCUUCCCCUGACGCAGAGCAAUGUGCAGGCGAUAUGCGAGAAACUGGGGACCGAUCGAACUCCGCUGUGA